GGACAACCCGAUAUUCAACAUUCAUUCAACUUGCAUCCUGACCAAUUGACUGGAAGUGCCAAUCACGAGGUCACAAUUUCGUAUAGAUCAGCUUAACAGUUAACAGUCCCAACGCCUCUGUCACUAUGUCAACCGAGAAGAAGGGAGAUGGAGUCACAACCUUUGAACCAAUUCAUCCGUUCGACAUGAGCGACCCAAAGUCAUGGGCCAAGACCAUCGGAAUGAUGAAUUGGGACAAUGACAAGAUUGUGUUCUCAAAGCGAUCGCUUCUGGAAUUCCUCAAGGCUUGCGAUUUAACGGUCAACACCAACUUUACAGAAAUUCAAAAGCUUCCCAAGUUUGCGACGUUUGGCCGACUCAACAAGGAAGCUACCGAUGCCGCGGUCGCAGACCUCGUGGAGGCCGAAAUCGCAGACCCCACCACUGACUCCUCUGUACAUCCUUCCAAAUCGACUGUACCUCGGACUACGCGAAAAGUGACCGAGCCACCCGGUGGACGAGGAAGCUUCAGACUCGCCCCUCAGGAGUACGAAGAGACGGAUGCGCUCUCGCUCGCUCCUCCCAGAGAUGGGGGUGACGGGGUUGACGUCGAAUUGGACCACAUGGAACACCUAAGACUUCACGUUGAGCCUGAGCAUGAUGGAGGUGCCAAGAUCGAGGAUGAGAAGGCAGAGGCCACACCUGCAGCUGCAUCCAUUCCAUCCAGACCCUCCGUCGCCGGUCUGUUUGGCGACAACGCCGACGGGGCCACAGAAUCUACUCAUGGACGCAGAAAGCAGACCCAGGCCCCUCAAGAGGAGAGGAGGGGCUUCUGGUAGAGUAUCAUCUUUCGAGACCGGUCUCACUGGCCCUCAUGCAUGCAUCAAGUUCAUCUGUAU